AUGGCAAAUGCGUUAGAGCAAUUGAAGCAGUAAACUGUAGUUGCUGACACUGGCGAUAUUGAUGCUAUUGAUCAGUAUAAACCAACAGAUGCCACUACUAAUCCUUCUCUGCUGUAUGCAGCAGCCCAGAUGCCUCAAUAUCAAGAUUUAGUAGCUGAUGCGAUUGCCUAUGGAAAGGCUCAGGGAGGCAGUAAUAUUGAUGACCAAGUCACUGCUGCCAUUGAUAAACUCUAUGUCAAUUUUGGAGAGAAAAUUCUCAAACUUGUGCCUGGACGAGUAUCAACAGAAGUAGAUGCCCGUCUCUCAUUUGACAAAGAAGCUAGCUUGGCUAAGGCCAGGAGAUUUAUUGAACUGUAUGAACAAGUUGGAAUCAGUAAAGAAAGAGUAUUAAUCAAGUUAGCCUCCACAUGGGAAGGCAUUCAAACUGCGAAAAUAUUGGAAGAGCAGUAUGGCAUUCAUUGCAAUCUCACUCUUCUUUUGCAUUCUGCUGUAGCUUGUGCAGAAGCAGGCGUGACUCUUAUUUCUCCUUUUGUUGGGCGUAUUUUUGAUUGGUAUGUUAAGAACACUGACAAGAAGGUUUAUCAACCCAAUGAAGAUCCAGGUGUGAAGUCUGUUACAAAAAUCUAUAAUUACUACAAGAAAUAUGGUUACAAGACUAUCGUGAUGGGUGCCUCCUUUAGAAAUAUUGGGCAGAUCACUGAGUUAGCUGGCUGUGAUAACCUCACUAUAUCGCCUAAGCUCUUGGAGGAGUUGAAAAAUUCAAAGGAAACUGUUUCUCAGAAGCUCUCCAUAGAAGCCGCUCGUACAUCAGAUAUGGAGAAGAUAACCUUGAAUGAAGCGCAAUUUCGUUGGGAAUUGAAUGAAGAUCAAAUGGCUACUGAGAAAUUAUCUGAGGGCAUCCGUAAAUUUGCUGAAGACACUCGUAAAUUGGAAAAACUGAUCAAGCAGAAGUUAACCAGUUAG